AUGUUGGAGAGAGGCCCAGCAAUUACCAAAAAUGGCGCCAUCACCCUCUGCUGGUCGGGCUGGAGAGAUGACGACUCGGGGAUCGCUGAGUACGAGUACGAGGUGUUCAAACUCCGGCCGUUCGGAGAUGUGCUGGGGAUGAGAGGACUGGCUCCUGUGGCCGGACAGACGGGCACGGUUGGUGCAGGGGCGACACAGGCCAGCAUUCUGCUAACAGAGCCAGGGGUGUACUGCAUAGUGCUGACUGUAGAGGACGCCUGCGGACCGAAUGACGGAAACGUCGUCAUCGCACGCAGAUUCCUCAUCUAUGACGACAACAGCACAGUCGAGGCCGACACAUCCGGGCACCAUCCCAUGUGGGCGGAGUCAACUUCUGACGUUACCGGAGGGGUGUGGCAGACCAACCUGCAAGACGCCAUGGACAACGGGCCGCAGGUGAUAUACUGA